AUGAGGCUGCUCCUGGGCCUGCUGCUCCUGGGCCUAGCGGCCUGUUCCCCCCCGCUGGAUGACAACAAGAUCCCCAGCCUGUGCCCGGGUCACCCCGGCCUUCCAGGCACGCCAGGUCACCACGGCAGCCAGGGCCUGCCUGGCCGCGACGGUCGUGACGGCCGGGAUGGCGCACCCGGAGCUCCUGGCGAGAAAGGCGAGGGCGGGAUGCCAGGACUGCCGGGGCCCCGCGGGGAACCCGGGCCUCGAGGCGAGGCGGGGCCAGUGGGGGCGGCAGGCCCGGCGGGGGAGUGCGCGGUACCUCCGCGUUCCGCCUUCAGCGCCAAGCGCUCCGAGAGCCGGAUGCCCCCGAUGUCCGACUCUCCCCUGCCCUUCGAUCGCGUGCUGGUGAAUGAGCAGGGCCAUUACGACGCGACCACCGGCAAGUUCACCUGUCAAGUCCCAGGGGUUUACUACUUUGCGGUCCACGCCACUGUCUAUCGGGCCAGCCUGCAGUUCGACUUGGUGAAGAAUGGCGAAUCCAUUGCCUCUUUCUUCCAGUUUUUUGGAGGGUGGCCAAAGCCAGCCUCUCUCUCGGGGGGCGCCAUGGUGAGGCUGGAGCCCGAGGACCAGGUGUGGGUGCAGGUGGGCGUGGGUGACUACAUUGGCAUCUAUGCCAGCAUCAAAACAGAUAGUACUUUCUCUGGAUUCCUGGUGUACUCUGACUGGCACAACUCCCCCGUCUUUGCCUGA